AUGUCGUCUUCGCGCCACCCGCAUACAGUCCAACUGACGGCCAAGCCUAUCAUUGCCAUGGCUACUGGGGCUCUCUCUGCUGAGGCUGUUUAUCUCGCCCUCCGGGCCAUUUACCGACGCACACGUUCGGGCUACGAUCUGUACAAAGUGUCGAUGCGAAAACCGGUUCGCCGGGACUGCAGGCUCAGCCUAACUGGCUGGAUCAACUCGGUUGGGAGACUUGAUCCCUUCAUCUCGGCAAAAACAGAAAUUGUACAGCUACACAUAUCAAGCAUUGUCUCACAAAUCGUCUCGUUGACUCAACCCAUGCACAAUGAACCUAUUCCUGGUAUAUUCCGGUACAUUCUGGCCAAAAUGGCGAAUUUCCCUGACGGUUGUGAUCAUCCGUCUUUUUGGUGA